AUGGCGAGCCUCGGCGGCCUCCAGCCUGCGCGGGGCCGCUGCUGCCACCGCCCGCCGGAGCCCUGCUCGCUCGCGCCCGCGCAGCUCCGGGUCGCGAAUGGCCGGGCCCGCGCGGGCCCCGAUUUUAUACCAGGCGGCCGUCGCCCCCUAGAGCCCGAGCCCGCUCUGACCACCGGCGACGACGGGCGGCGCCUCCUGGGUCUUAGCGCCCGCCCCUGCAGGGGGGGUGGCGAGCGGGGCCGGAGCGCAGCGCUAGCCCGGCAGGCCGCGGGCAACGCCCGCUGCCUCCUGCGCGGCAGGCCGAGCCGUGGCGGCGCCCCCCGCGAUUGCGUGCAGAAGCACCUCUCCCCGCUCUGCCUCGGGAUCUUCCAGGGUCCCCCAGGCUCCGCGGAGCAGGGCGCUAGGACCCCGCGGGGAGCGGCCGCGGCCCGGGAGCCUGGAGGACCGGUCCGGCUGGAGCGCGAGGGUUGCCUGGCGCGUGGGGCCAGCGCUGCCAGCCCGCGCGGAGUCGCCACCGUCUCCGGGCUCCGGGGACCAGCUGCGCGGGACACAGGGGCGCGCACGGGAGGGAGCGCGGAGGGCGCAGGCGAACUUGACUCCGGACUCCGAUCCUGCAGUGGGGGCCGCAGUCCACGACGCCUGAAGCUGCCGCUUUCUCCCCCGACUCCCCAUUCAGUAUUGACAGGUACGGCAUAGGAACCCAGUGGAUAAUUAACCAAAGUCUAACCAAAAGGUUCUAUCAACGGACUCGGACUCCAGCUCUUGGAGAAGCCAUUAUCACCCAUGAGAUCACACAUCCUAUCUCAGCAGGAGGCCCAGUGGUGUGGGGACUCUUCAGACUGUUGACACACCUACCUCAUCAUAUGAUAGCUGGGUAACCUUGGAUGCCAGCUCCACAAAGGCAGGGACCUUGUCUGUCCUGUUCUGCCUAUUUCCAGAGCUAGGACAGGCCUUGGCCUACGGGAGAGCCUCAAAUAUUUGUUGAAUGAACACAAAAUGGAUUCUACUGAAGAAAACUGCUACCCAACCACCCUCCUAGAACUGAGCUUGUUCCAAAGCUGCUCAAAGGUGGCCUCAAAGGAUACAGAAGAAGACCCAACUUACCCCCUGGGCCAGGGGUCCCCAGGGCAGACCCAAUCCUGAGCCUAUUGAAGCUGUUCCAGGCAAGACUGCCAGGGCCCGGAGAGUCUGCCCAGCGCUGUUGGGCUAAGUCGAAAGAGGCCCCAUCUGGGCAGAUGUGGCCCCCAGGGGCUUGGCUGAGCAGGACACGUGGGAAGAAAAAGGGCUCCUUUGUCUGGGGAGAUGCAGUCCAGCCAGGACACAAGGCUUGGUGAGUAGAGACUCCCUCCGCCGUGGCUCCAGAGCACCCCCUAUCUGUGGGGCACUGCUGGGACGGUGCCCAGGAGAGACAGACUUAGCCCUUGGACAUGGCUGGACAUCAGCUCCACCUGGGAAAAUGGCCCGGCCUCGCAGCAGCCCCAUGGGGCAGGUAGGGGCUGCGCCAGCCUGUGGACCCGCGGCCCCCACUGCUCAAAGAGCCCACUCCUGUGCACCCACCACUUCCUCUCCUUGCUGAUUCAAGGACUUAGGCCUCAAGGUACAUCUUUUUAAAAAAUCCUAAGUAAAAUAGGAAACCAAAUCUUUUGAAAAAUCAGAAUAAGAGUCUUUAGGGGCUGGCUGCAUGAAGGGCCCUAAUCUAGCUCUCUUUCCUUGUGAUCCUCCUCAACCCCCCCAAGUCUAAGCCCCUCAACACUGCGUAAAAUGUCUUUCAAGUGGAGACAUCGAAGCUACGGAUUUCAAAAGACCAGAUCUAGUCUAGCACAUUAUUUGGGGCUAGAUUUUUCCCAACAGAAGCCGGUAGCAGGUCCUGCCAAGGGCUGCAGCAAUACACUGUCAACUUACAGGUUAAAAAACCAAACCGACACCCAGGAUAAAUCCCUAACUGAAACAAAGGCAACCUGCAAAACAGCAUUUGCUUCUGCUUUUCCAGGAAAAAAGGACUUUAAAUAUAUAUUUGUGCGUGUA